GAGUUCUUGUUUUGUUCUCUUCAACUUUCAAUUUCAAACAAUCUUUUUCAGAUCGGAAGUCUUUAUAUUGAAAAAGCCAAUCGUUUCAGAAAGGAAACCCCUCUGUUCUCUAACCUUGACUCUAUUCUUUCCUUCUUUUAAAGAGAGGAUUAUACUGCAUUAUCUGCUUGGCCAAUUCUGCCACUUUUCUUUUCCUUUCUUUUCAGUUUCCUCAAUCUCUACCACCACUUCCAAACCAUUUGUGUUACCAAUAUUCUGAUGGCUUUACCUAGUGCGCCUCCUGUUCCGGAGACGGCAGCUCCACCGAGCUCGCCUGUUCUGGGCCCCGCGGAUUCUGGAAUUAAUUCCCAGACCGCGGCGGCAGCGACAUCGGUUCCGUUGUCAGAAGCUUCGCUCUCGGCUUAUAACGAGGCGAUUGGGGUGCUCGACCCAAUCGCCCCGUAUCAAACAGCAGCAAGACCAGAGAGAGACCUGGCUCCUACUAGGGAAAUGAGCCAAUUUCCUGGAGAAAGACCACUCAGUGCUCACUUCAUGAUCUCAUCUUGCUCGGAUAAAGCCUACGUUCCAACGCCAUUCAACACCCCUCGCACCGCGUCUCGAAGAGAAUCUCACCCUCAUCUUGCACAAGCCUCCUCUCCUAGAAGAGAAGAAAAGCCAACUUUAAGAGGGGCAGCGCCUCGUCUCCGCGGCGGUGGUGGUGUAGGUGAAAAUGAGAAGGUCUACCUUCGUGGGGGAGGCCCAAAGAAGAGACGUGGUGCUGCUGCUGGUAAUGGUCGCAAGAAGCCAAAGCCUGACAAGUACGCGGAUGUUGACCACUUGUUGUCCGACUUUAAAUCACCUAUCUUUCAAGAAGACGCUAAUAUCAAGGCGGUUCUUACUCAUCCACUGACAAGGCAAACGAUGACCGAGCAAAGUGAACCAUACCCUUUCGAUGAGAUGACUGGAGAUGAGAUUGCAACUACUGUCGCAGACUUCAAGUCGGAUGGUAGCUACGGAAGAUUUGAUCCUGACUGGAUAGAUCAAGCUAUUAAAGCAUCUCAAAUCCGCGCAUCUGGUGGCUAUGAUGCCUAUCUAGACAGUCAAUUCGCAGAAGACUGGGCUGAAGAUGAAGAGGGAGUCUCAGAUGAAGAAAUGAAGGACCUUAAUAGUAAUGGCGGCGGCGGCGGCGGCGGUGAGACAAAGCCUGAGAAAGAAGAUGAAAAGAAUUAGCCGAUGAUUAUCAUCUGCUCUCGCGGUGUGACAUUCUUUCGAUACUUCCACCCAUUAUAAAAGCUCGCAAGCGUUCAACAAUACCGAUGACAAGAAACGAUCACUUCUAUCACCGUCGGAAAUACUUCAUUACACCUAAUUCUAAACAUGUUCAAAGGAACAAACGCCCUCAUAUCACAACCCUUUACCACAAUCAUCCGAAGCCUUAGCUUCUCUACUGCAUUCGGUUUUUCACAGCCAAACAUCACGCAAAUCUAUGGUGCCCUCAUUCCAGUUCAACUUUGUUUAUUCUCAGAUCAACGAAUUUCAUUGCGUUACCCGGCGUUCAAUAUGUCAGAUUAGAUACCCACUUGCACUUCUUGCUGUUGUUGGACAGCCUUUACAAAAGAUACCUUUGAUGAGUUUAAUUUCAGGCUGACUCUAGGGCUAAUUUGGCUGGAUAUUCAAAAGUCUCAAUUCUAAGUUUAUGCAUGGGGUGUUUGUAAUUUAAAGGGGAUUUAUUUAGCAGUUUGUGAGAAGCUUCAGCUACGAAUCAGCUCAAUGGAAUUUUCGAAUAUCUGAUAGGAAGUCAGGCAUUCAUAACCAAGGGAAGGAAUACAUGAGCCUAGUAUACCUGUUUACACUUGAAAAGCUCAAUUAGUUGGUUCCAAUUUCCCCUUAAUAUGUGUGGAGUCCCGGGAUAAAUAGAAACA